GGCUUUUCAAGAUGGCCACCAGUUAAAAAGUUUCAAAAAUUUGCUCUCAAUAAUUCCAUGUUUUAAGAGUCUUUAAAGACAUUUGGAAACAAGAAAUUAUAUCAGGAUUAUACAUGAAAGUACAGGGAAACCGUUGGACUGUUUUAAAUAACAGUUUUGGAGCUUAAUUACCAGGAUAUUAACAAGUAAAUUUCAAAGUUAAAACAAAGGAAGAAAAAAAUUUUAAACAAAAGAAAUUUUAAAUAGACUUUUUGAAGAAGUUACAUGAACAUUUAAGAGGAUAAUUGUAAUAGCUUAUACAAACCCUUAAUUAUGUUUUUGAUCACAAUGGAUUUUAAGAAGAUAUAGUCAGGAAAUAUAUGUGAUAAACAUGCAAUAAAAACUUUGGACAACUAAUGGAGGUGAAUGGAACAGCCAUUUAAUUUAGACAAUUGAUGACAAUAGGAGUUAAAUGGAAGAGCCACCUAAUUAAAUGGAAGAGCCACCUAAUUACUAAUUGAGGGAAGUUGAUAGAACAGCCAUAAACAAACCUAUUUAUUGAACUUAUUUGGAUUUACUACUAUAUUUGGAUAAAAAACAAACUACAUCUAUAUUAUAUCUUGGACAAUGGCGAGAGAUCACCCCCGUAGAUCUCGUAAAGUCCUAUCUUCAGGUGCACCCUUCACCAGACCUAAAGGGCAAAAAGAGAAAGAACAACAAAAAGCAAAACAUGAAAACAUUAAGAAACAAACCAGAAACCCUUCAUGAUAAUUAUCAGUACUUUGACAUAGACAAUACUGGGAUAAUAGAACUGACUGAUGAAUGUAAAAGUGUUCAGUUCUUUACGGAAAGAAUACCAACAUGGCUGGAUGCUUUUGAAACAUUUUACAAGAACAAAUGCAUGAAAGCAACAUCUUCAAGAGCCCGGUAUGGACAAAUCAUCACUGUUUCUGAUCAUGUUACAAUCAACAUAAAUGAUUCAGGAGUAAUAAACGUGCAAGGUGAGGGACUUGAUGAUUGGAAGAUGAAUGACUUUCCACUUAUCAAGGACACCAUAGUCCACAUUGACAGGUGUCACUCAUUAACUUCCACCCCCCUCAGCAGAGCUGCUGUGCCAAGUUCAAUCCAUUUAUCAGAUGUUAUGGAGAAUACACACUUAUCAGAUCAAGAAGACAGUGUAAUCACAUUCUUGCAUCCAGAAAUACUAACUAAGGAGUUAGAUCCUGUUACAGACACCGCUGAAGAUAGCCUCAUCUUCUUUGAAAACCUGAAUAAGACUGAUGAAGGAUCGCCCCCACCGCCCUCACCUGAAGGACCGCCCCCACCGCCCUCGUCUGAAGGACCGCCCUCAUCUGAGAGACUGCCCUCACCUGAAGGACCAUCCCCACCGCCCUCAUCUGAAGGACCGCCCUCGUCUGAAGGACCGCCCUCGUCUGAAAGACCGCCCUCACCUGAAGGACCAUCCCCACCGCCCUCAUCUGAAGGACUAUCCCCACCCCCUGAUGAUAUUUCAUCUUCUGGAUUCCCCUCAGCCCAGGGCCCCCCCUCACAUGGAGAAUCUCUUCAAGCCUCCACAACAAAUUAUGCCAAUGAUCAGGAAUUGAACAUGAAUAUUCAAGAGCCCUCACUCAACACAAUAAUGGAUAAUGUACUGUCUGAUGGGUCCUCUUUCACUGAACAAUCACAACUUGCCAAAUCCCAAAAAUCUGUCGCUGCAAUAUUAGAAGAAAAUAAACGAUUACAAGUUGAAAAUAACAAACAACGGAGUAAAAUCACUCAACUAAUGAACAAAAAUGAGAAGUAUCUGAGUGACAGGAAACUUAUAAAUGAGCAGUCUGCCAAAAUAAAUGAUCUUCUUAACCGCAUCAAAGUAAAUGAACAGCAGAGAGCGGAUGAACUCGAGGCUCAACAAGUACUCCAUAACACAAAGCUUAGAGACUUAGAGGCAGAAAUCUACAACUUAGAUGAAAAACUGAGAUGUAUGGAAAAAGAACAUAAAGGAUUGAAAGCUGAUCUGGAGACAACUUACCGGAGAAAUAAACAACUGGCAUCCAUGUUAGACAGUGAGCAAAAUCUAUCUCAACCCCAGAGUCUUGCUGAAUCACCCAAACCACCAAAAUGUGAUUCUUAUAAACCUUCUUCGGCCCCAAAAAGUGCACCAAGUAAAGCUAAGCCUCCUCAAAGCAAAAUUGCCAAACCUGUCCCUUCACCAUGUACUAAGCCUUCAACGUCACCAAAGGCGACAUCUGCACCACAUGCCAAGUCUAUGCCACAUAGCAUGCAAGAGCCACCUAAGUUGAAGUCUAUGACAUCUGUACAUAUAAUGUAUUCUUCAAAUGGUAGAGGAUUAGCUGGAAUCAUGAAGAGCAAGGCACCAAGUGUGAAUGUUACGUCCUCAGUCUACAGCGGUGGUAGGAUUGAGCAUGGAGUCCAGGCUAUACAGAGAGGUGAUAUCAAGCAAUCAACAGACUAUAAAAUAAUUGGAUUGGGAACAAACAAUGUCAAGACAGAUUCACCAAAUGACAUUAUCUAUAGUCUUAAACACUUAGCUCAAACAGCAAGAUCACAUCAUCCAAAUUCUAAACUGAUCAUGGCAGGACUGCACCACAGAGGGGAUUCAGAAUCUAGUCAUCACAUUCAGAAUAUGAACUCUGACAUUGAUUACAUCAACAGCAAUAUGAAAACUUUCUGUAACAAUCAGGGAAUUGGAUUUAUUGAUAUUAACCAAGCCAACAACUCAACUGCUGGCAGACCAAAUUUUGAUGUGCUAAAUCGUGAUGGACUCCACUUUAAUCCAAAAGGACGAACUUCCCUAGUGAUGGCCAUGCUAAGAUGCAUCAACAGUGACAUACCCAAGACAUAUGCCAGUAUCCUCUCAAGUAAAAACCCUACCUACCAGCCUGCUCAGUACAAAUUAUAGACACUGUGUGUGAUGCAUCCUGGAAUUAUAAUAGCAACUGUACAUAUGAUAUGACUUGUAAUAAUGAUGAUGCUGAUUUAUGCACAAACAAAGGCAUCAGUGUUAAAAAAGAAGGUUUAACUGUAUAUAGUAAGAUGAACUCAAAAGAUUGUACA